UCUCAGGCUCACGGGCCCGGCGGCCGCGGCUCUUUUGUCUCCCGGCCGGAGCCCGAGCCGGAUCCUGAGCUAGGGUCGGAGCCCAGGUCAAGACUGGGUUGGAGUCGGAUCGCGUCCGCAGCCCGGGCUGCCCGAUGGGGCGCUCCCCCUGCCCACCACCCCCGGCCCGUGCCGUCGCCUGAGCCCCGGCCUGCCUGGCCCGGCCCGCGCCAUGGAGUCCGGCCGCGGCGGCCUGGAGACCGUGGGCAAGUUCGAGUUCUCGCGCAAGGACCUGAUUGGGCAUGGCGCCUUCGCCGUGGUCUUCAAGGGGCGCCACCGCGAGAAACACGACCUGGAGGUCGCUGUCAAGUGCAUUAACAAGAAGAAUCUCGCCAAGUCCCAGACGCUCCUGGGGAAGGAAAUCAAGAUCCUCAAGGAAUUGAAACAUGAAAACAUCGUGGCUUUGUAUGACUUCCAGGAAAUGGCCAAUUCCGUCUACCUGGUCAUGGAGUACUGUAACGGCGGCGAUCUGGCCGACUACCUGCACACCAUGCGGACGCUGAGCGAGGACACCAUCCGGCUCUUCCUGCAGCAGAUCGCGGGCGCCAUGCGGCUCCUGCACAGCAAGGGCAUCAUCCACCGGGACUUGAAGCCCCAGAACCUCCUGCUGUCCAACCCUGGCGGGCGCCGUGCCACCCCCAGCAACAUCCGGGUCAAGAUCGCCGACUUCGGCUUUGCCCGGUACCUGCAGAGCAACAUGAUGGCGGCCACGCUCUGCGGCUCCCCCAUGUACAUGGCCCCGGAGGUCAUCAUGUCCCAGCACUACGACGGGAAGGCGGAUCUGUGGAGCAUCGGCACCAUCGUGUACCAGUGCCUGACAGGGAAGGCGCCCUUCCAGGCCAGCAGCCCCCAGGACCUCCGCCUCUUCUACGAGAAGAACAAGACGCUGGUCCCCCCCAUCCCCCGGGAGACCUCGGCCCCGCUGAGACAGCUGCUCCUGGCUCUGCUUCAGCGCAACCACAGAGACCGCAUGGACUUCGAUGAGUUUUUCCAUCACCCCUUCCUUGACGCCAGUGCCGCCGUGAAGAAGUCCCCGCCCGUGCCCGUGCCCUCGUACCCAAGCUCGGGGUCCGGCAGCAGCUCCAGCAGCAGCUCCACCUCACACCUGGCCUCCCCACCGUCCCUGGGGGAGAUGCAGCAGCAGCUCCAGAAGACCCUGACCUCCCCAGCCGAGGCCGCCGGCUUCCUGCAGGGCUCCCGGGACUCGGGCAGCAGCAAGGACUCGUCCUGUGACACUGACGACUUCGUCAUGGUCCCGGCCCAGUUUCCAGGUGACCUGGUGGCCGAGGCGGUCGGUGCCAAGCCGCCAUCGGACAGCCUGAUGUGCAGCGGGAGCUCGCUGGCGGCCUCUGCUGGCCUGGAGAGCCGCGGCCGGACCCCGUCUCCUUCCCCGCCCUGCAGCAGCUCUCUCAGCCCCUCAGGCCGGGCCGGGGCAUUCUCCAGCAGCAGGUGCGGGGCCUCGGUCCCCAUCCCAGUGCCCACUCAGGUGCAGAACUACCAGCGCAUCGAGCAGAACCUGCAGUCGCCCACCCAGUACCAGACGGCACGGUCCUCUGCCAUCCGCAGGUCAGGCAGCACCAGCCCGCUGGGCUUUGCACGGGCCAGCCUGUCACCCCCGUCUCACGCCGAGCACGGAGCCGCCCUGUCCAGGAAGUUCUCCCUGGGUGGGGGCCGGCCCUACACGCCAUCUCCCCAGGUCGGAACCAUCCCCGAGCGGCCGGGCUGGAGCGGGGCGCCCUCCCCCCAAGCAGCCGAGAUGCGGGGUGGCAGGUCCCCUCGUCCAGGCUCCUCGGCACCUGAGCACUCUCCCCACAGCGCCGGGCUGGGCUGCCGCCUGCAUAGUGCCCCGAACCUGUCUGACCUGCGUGUGGUCCGUCCCAAGCUGCCCAAGCCCCCCACGGACCCGCUGGGUUUGGCGUUCGGCCACCCGCAAGCCAGCCCCCCACAGCCCUCCCACGGGCUGCAGUCCUGCCGGCCUCUGCGCGGCUCGCCCAAGCUGCCCGACUUCCUGCAGCGGAACCCCCUGCCCCCUAUUCUGGGCUCCCCGACCAAGGCCGUGCCCGCAUUCGACUUCACCAAGACCCCCAGCUCCCAGAACUUGCUGACUCUCCUGGCCCGGCAGGGCGUGGUGAUGACGCCGCCUCGGAACCGGACGCUGCCCGACCUCUCCGAGGCGGGGCCCUUCCAGGGGCAGCAGCUGGGCCCCGGCCUGCGGCCCACCGAGGACACCAAGGGCCCCUUUGGCAGGUCCCUAAGCGCCGGCCGCCUCACGGAUCUGCUCCUUAAGGCUGCCUUUGGGACGCAGGCCCCUGACUCAGGCAGCGUGGACAGCCUGCAGGAAAAGCCCAUGGAGACCGCGCCGUCUGCUGGCGUCGGAGGGAACCUGCACCCGGGAGCCCGCGCCGGGGGCCCCAGCAGCCCUUCCCCCGUGGUGUUCACGGUGGGCUCGCCCCCAGGUGGGACCACGCCGCCCCCGGGCCCCCGUGCCACCGUGUUCUCAGGGGGCCCCUCCAGCCCCCUCGGCUCGGCAGGCUCCUCCUCCGCCCGUCACCUGGCGCCCGGGGCCUACGGCGAGGCCCCCCUCGAGGUACCCGCCCCCGGCCACUGCUGCAGCUUUGCCGACCCCGUUGCCGCCAACCUGGAGGGGGCCGUGACCUUCGAGGCCCCCGACCUGCCCGAGGAGACCCUCAUGGAGCAAGAGCACACGGAGAUCCUGCACAGCCUGCGCUUCACGCUCGUCUUUGUCCAGCACGUCCUGGAGAUCGCGGCCCUGAAGGGCAGUGCCAGCGAGGCGGCCGGGGGGCCCGAGUACCAGCUGCAGGAGAGCGUGGUGGCCGACCAGAUCAGCCUGCUGAGCCGCGAGUGGGGCUUCGCGGAGCAGCUGGUGCUGUACCUGAAGGCAGCCGAGCUCCUCUCCUCGGGCCUGCAGACCGCCAUCGACCAGAUCCGGGCCGGCAAGCUCUGCCUGUCAUCCACCGUGAAACAGGUGGUGCGGAAGCUGAACGAGCUGUACAAGACGAGCGUGGUGUCCUGCCAAGGCCUGAACCUACGGCUGCAGCGCUUCUUCCUGGACAAGCAGCGGCUCCUAGACCGCAUCCAGAGCGUCACCGCCGAGAAGCUCAUCUUCAGCCACGCGGUGCAGACGGUGCAGUCGGCCGCCCUGGACGAGAUGUUCCACCGCCGGGAGGACUGUGUCCAGCGUUACCACAAGGCCCUGCUGCUCAUGGAGGGGCUGCAGCAGAUCCUCUCGGACCAGGCAGACGUGGAGAACAUCGCCAAGUGCAAGCUGUGCAUCGAGCGGAGACUCUCAGCCCUGCUGACGGGCAUCUGUGCCUGACCUCCUCGAAGCCCGGCCCACGGCGCCCAAGGGGCUUGGACCUUCGCUGCCGAUCCAUGGGGUGGGGAGCAGCGUGCUGGCCGGA